UAUUAUUAGGUACCAGAUCAGUCAUGGAAAUUAUGGUAUCUAAAUUUAUUGUAGCCUCUCAGUGUCUUUUACAUUAUUCAUACAAACAGAAAGAGUAGUAGAUCGUCUCACUGAUCUUGCUCAUCACCAUGGAAAUUUUCUCUGAAUUCCUCAGCUCCAACUCUGUUUUCUGGCUUUUAACUGUCAUUACUACUUUUCUGGUCUUCUUCGUCCUUCCAUGGUUUUGUCUUGGAAAAGUGAAUAGAAAUAAUAAUCUGGAAAACCUACCGCCAGGUCCAGCAAGGCUUCCAAUCAUAGGCAACCUUCACCAGCUUGGAAAAUUGCCUCACGUUUCACUGCAGAAGCUGUCCCUGAAAUAUGGACCUGUCAUGCACCUCAAACUUGGCCAAGUCCCUCUUCUGGUCAUCUCGUCCCCAGAGAUGGCGAAAGAGGUGCUCAAAAUUCACGAUACAAAGUGUUGUAGUAGGCCUGAUUCUUGUGGUACAAGGAAAUUAUCAUACAACCGCAAGGACAUCACUUUUUCUCCUUAUGGUGAUUACUGGAGAGAGAUACGUAAGCUUUGUGUUAUAGAGCUUUUUACUACCAAGAGGGUUCGUUCAUUUCAACGUUUUAGAGACCAAGAAAUUGCUAAAUUGGUGAAUGAUAUUUCAAUAGAAGCUUCGGAUCCUAACAAUGAAUUCAUACAGCUUGAUAAGAAAAUACUGACAUUUGCAAAGAACAUCAUAUGUGAGGUUGCUUUUGGCACUAAUGUUGGAGGUGAGAAGUUUAAGGAGACCGAAAUUAAGAAGACUUUACAUGAUGCCAUGAUCGUGAUCAGUGGUUUUUGUGCAGCUGAUUUCUUUCCAUAUUAUGGCUGGAUAAUUGAUCUAUUAACCGGAUUUCACAGGAAGAUGGAAAAGAGCUUUGAUAAGCUCGAUAAAUUUUCUGAAAGUGUUAUCCAAGAACAUCUUGAUCCUUCUAGGUCCAGUUUGGAUCAUGAAGACUUAACUGAUGUCUUGAUUGCUUUGUCCAAUGAUGAAAAUGCCCCUUUCCAUCUCUCAAGAGAUCACAUAAAAGCUGUCUUCAUGGAUCUGUUUCUGGCUUCGAUUGAUACAAGUUCUGGGACAACUGUAUGGGCUAUGAGCGAGCUUGCGAAGAAUCCGCGUGUAAUGAGAAAAGUACAAGCUGAAAUCAGAAAUGCUGUAGGAAAUAAAGCAGUAGUAGAUGAGAGCGAAAUAGAGAAACUCAAGUACUUCAAAAUGGUGAUAAAGGAGACCCUCAGGUUGCACCCUCCGGUGCCCCUACUCUUACCUCGAGAAUCAAUGCAGCAUUGUAAGAUUGGGGGAUACAAUGUGUACCCCAAAACCAGGAUCUUUAUUAAUGCAUGGGCUAUUGGCAGAGACAGUGAUACAUGGUCAAAGCCGUACGAAUUUUAUCCAGAGAGGUUUGAGGACUGUGAAAUUGAUUUUAAGGGUCAGCAUUACGAGUUGAUUCCAUUUGGUGCUGGUCGAAGAAUGUGUCCUGCAAUGACAAUGGGCUUGGCAUCGGUGGAAUCAAUACUUGCAAAUCUGCUGCAUUGCUUUGACUGGCAGUUGCCCAGCGGGAUGACACCUGAUGACAUGAACAUGGAAGAAGAGUUUGGCCUGACUGUAAACAAGAAGUUUCCUCUUCAUCUGGUGCCUAUUAAACAUGAAUUUCAGAUUCAGACCAAGUAAUCCCCUGACUAUAAACUAGCUAGGAAAUGCCUUCCUUCGUAAUUAGAGCACGAGGUCAAGGGCUCACUGGAGGUACAGAUACAUAAUUAUCUAAAUUGCAGUAGCAAUUGAUAUAGUCAAUAAGAAUAUAAAUUCACACCGAGUAAACUAUUUAUUCACUGUAAUGUGAUUGCCCUCUAUAUAUACUUGGAUGAUAUGUAUAGUCAUGCGGAUACUUUUAACUGUUUUUA